AUCAUACUGCAGCAGGCAAACAAUUAUUCCCCCUGUCCCUUGAGAUCGGAUCUGCUUCCCGUACUGAAUUAUAUUAGCCGACAUGCAAUAUGACCGCUCAGCACGAUCUGCAGAACCCGAUCUAGAAGUCUCCUUGCAUGUAGAAUUGCCCGAAUAAGCCACUGAACCACACUAGCAUAUUAUAAUAUGCAGCGAUCUGAAUGAUCAACACCAGACUUCAUUACGGUGAGGGUUGAUGGCAAUAUACUAGUUGCCUUGUUCUAUGAUCCGUUGCUAUAUAAAUGGGAUCAUACUUCCAGCUUCUGAUCAUUGUUCUCUACACUCUACACUCAGAUUACCUUCCACUCCAACACAUAACCACCAAAAGCCAACCAAUCAAUACCUCUGACCACCAUGAAGUUCUCUGUUCUUUUCACAGCCCUCUUUGCAGCCCUCGUCACAGCUCAACACGCGGAAGGCGAUGGCAAAGUGUCUGCACAUGGAAAGCGCCAGAUACAUCCUGAAGCGUGCCCCACCACUGACGCUCGCGAUUGCUGUGCCUCUUGCUGGAGUGCUUCUCAGUACCAUCAUAUUGACAUCCGGGAGUGCUGCGGCAAGUGUGGCUGCUAAGGGAUCACUCGAGACGAUUUGCUUGGGGGACUGGCAACCAAUCAUUUCAUAAAAUACGCUAUCCUGUCCUCUGAGAUUUAGCAGUGAUCUAUCCAACCACCUACCUGUUUCAUCAUGUCUUGGCUUAGGUUUUCCCUACUGGUGAAGGUUUCCCUAUGCUGUUAUGCGAAUGCAAAGGCUUGAUCAAUAUUGAAUCCAU